AUGACAACACCCAGUGCUGGACUGUUGCAAACAUGGUUGGAUGAGCAGGUGAAAGGGGUGAUCCAGGGGGGGGCUACGGUGACGGAUCCCGCGGAGAGGGCCAAGCAAUUUACAGAAAAAAUGAAGGCGGACUUGGUGGCAACGUGGGACGUAUUAGCCAAAUGGCUAGAGAGGCCGGAGUCCAACGAAAUACAUAAACUUUGUGAUAAGGGGCAGUGGGGGGGGAACAGUGGCGAGGGACAAUAUAAGAAAAUAUUGUGCCAAGCUAUAUUAGAAAUAAAAUAUUUCAUGAAUGGAGUGCAGAGGCAGAAGGCAGGGGGGGGUAGCAGUGGCCACGAUGAACCAGCAGAAAUGACGGCCCUCACUCCUGAUGAAGCCUUUAAUCGCUGCAUUGUUGGAACAGUUGCUCUUUCCACCAUUUAUGGGGAUCACUGUAAAUUGAACGAAGUUAUAAAUGAAGUUCAAGGCGAAAUAUCAUCCCAGGUGGACAUCAAACUGAGGGACCACUUGAGUAAGAACAAGGCUGGAGGGAGCCUCGAGCAGCAAUUGAAUAAAUGCAGUACUAUGACAUACGGAGACUUAGUAGUCGGAAAAUCCGUCCUUGGCAAUACUAUCAGAGCUUGGACGGAGGGGAAAAGGGCUCUGAGGAUGAAGGCCCAGGGCUGGAGGAUAAAGAUGCCGUGGCACCAUUGGCCAAAUGUCUGUAACCAAAAGAAGGAACCAGCGCAGGACGACAUGAAACUGAAGCAAUAUUUAAGGGACAAUGCACAAAGUAUGACGACCUUCCUAAAACUGGACAACACCAAUACUGGCCAAAAUAGGGGACUUCCUUUAGCAGAAUUACUCAUAAACAGCGAAAUUAAAUUACCAGACAGCACAGUACAAGGUGUACUGGAAGAAAUAGUCGCGAACAGUACUAAUGGUCAAGUGGACCCUGACAAACUGAAGGAAGGAAUGCAGAAGGUAGAGAAGGAAACGCAGAACCAAAUAGGUAAGUAUUACAUCAUGGAA